CUUGUGGGAGAGGGUCGGUGACGUCAUCGAGAGGCGACGCGGCGCUUCUUUCCGAGCCGCAGCGGACGUGCGGGCGACGGCUGGAGGUCAGUCCUCGCUCUGCGACGGCGGCUCUGGGAAGACCCCCAGCAAGAUGGCGGCCAGGCUGAUGCACCGCUGGUAUAUGCUCUGCCGAACCUUCUCUCCCUUGGGCCUCCAAGCUGGUCAGUUGACCAAGGCUAUGCGGUCAAGCAGACCUCCCUUCGCCUCAAUGACCACUUACAACCUCUCGCAAGUGGCAGACAUCUCCGUGAAGGAGCUGGAGAGCAAACCCCUGGAGAAGUCCACCAGGUGGGAAGAUCUCAUCAUGGCUUCAUCCAGUGUGGAGGAACUCUUUUCUCUUGAACAUCUGCAGGACCUUGGCGGGAACCAGGCUGCCCUCAUGAUCACACGCUUGUCCCAUCUGGCCUCACAGCUGAAGCUGGACCACGAGGACAUCUUGAAGGAUAAACGUUUCCAACAGCUGCUCCAUCAGACGUACAAGGAGGCCUCCAGGAUCCAGCAAAUGGUGUUGAUUAACCUCCUGAAGAGUCUUUAUUUUUUGGGGGUCAACCCCCAGCAGAAGGAGCUGUGUUCAGCUGAGCAGGAGCUGCGCUGGCGCCUGCGCGGACUCUCUUACCGGCGCCUGGCAUCCUUGGCCACUUACCUGGCCGCCUACAUCCCCAAGGAUAAGCCUCACGAGCUGCUGACUGAGCUUUUCGCCCAGCUGGAGAUGCGUUGGGCCGAGAUAGCAGAUGCCAGCACCAUCGCCAUGCUCAUGGCCAAACAGGGAUACCUCUCGCUGCAGCUCCGGGAGCGGCUGGAGGACAAGAGCCUGGAGCUGGCCGCCCACUUCUCUGCCGAGGACAUCCGGAGGAUCGCCGUUGUCCUUGCCCAACAAAACCUCCGUUCCUUGCCGCUUCUCCGAGCCAUCUCCUACCAUUUUGUCCAGAAGCAUUUCGCCGUCCAGCCGGAUAUCCUCCUGGAUUUGGCUUUUGCCUUUGGGAAGCUGAAUUUCCACCAGACUCAGAUGUUCCAGAAGAUCUGCUCGGAUCUCCUGCCCCACGUCUCCAAGUUGCCUCCCACCGACGUGGUCCGUUGCGUGAAGUCCUUCUCCUACCUCAAAUGGUUGAACCUGCCUGUCUUCGAGGCCUCCGCCGAGUACUUCAUCCAAAAUAGCAAGAAAUUUACUCUGAACCAGCUGAUUAAUCUCCUCGUUUCUUACGCCCGCUUGAAUUUCCACCCCAGCAACAAAGAGGACUUUUACACCAAGAGCCACCACAUCCUGGACGGUCAACUGGGCAGCCUAAACCCUUCCCUGCUGGUCGACCUGGUCUGGUCGUUGUGUGUCUUACAGCAAGCAGAAGCCAUCCAUUUCCAGACCGUUCUGCUGCCCAAGUUUUUCUUCAGUUUCUUUGGGAAUUGGACUCCGGCCCGUCAGAAUUCCUGGCUCAAACUUAUGCACAUCAACACCACGGCCCAACUGGAGUCUCCGGGUUAUGACGGGCCCUUCCUACCGCCAGAUAAGCUGACCCUCCAGGAUUUGGGGGUUGACCGGACCCCCACUUCUCUCCAGACCGACGUCAACGCCAUCCUCGCUAAGGUGGCCGGUGGCGAGGCAAAGGUCCGUUUCGACGUGCACACCCCCUUCGGCUGGAAGCUCGAUGCUGAGAUGCUUUUGGACUCUGAAAACAACCCGCUCCCUGUGGCCGAAUUUGAUGGUUUAUCUGUGGACCGGCCAUCCAAAGAGUCUUUGGCGUCAGGGGUGAGAAGUUCCAACCCCUUGGAUUCUUCUCGCUUCUCUUACAUCGCUGCAGGGAAUUGGACUCCGGCCCGUCAGAAUUCCUGGCUCAAACUUAUGCACAUCAACACCACGGCCCAACUGGAGUCUCCGGGUUAUGACGGGCCCUUCCUACCGCCAGAUAAGCUGACCCUCCAGGAUUUGGGGGUUGACCGGACCCCCACUUCUCUCCAGACCGACGUCAACGCCAUCCUCGCUAAGGUGGCCGGUGGCGAGGCAAAGGUCCGUUUCGACGUGCACACCCCCUUCGGCUGGAAGCUCGAUGCUGAGAUGCUUUUGGACUCUGAAAACAACCCGCUCCCUGUGGCCGAAUUUGAUGGUUUAUCUGUGGACCGGCCAUCCAAAGAGUCUUUGGCGUCAGGGGUGAGAAGGCUGGCUUUCCUCCUCUGGGAGUUCCCCAACUUCAGCAGCCGGAGCAAAGACCUUCUGGGCCGCUUCGUUCUCGAGCGACGGCACCUCCAAACUGCUGGCUUCAUCGUUGUCGAGGUUCCUUACCACGAAUGGUUCAACCUGAACACAGAGUGGAAGAAGACCCAAUAUCUUAAAGACAAGAUGCAGAAAGCCCUCGCCAAAGAUUUAGCGGACUAGAGCUUUGCAACCGGGUGUAAAGUGCGAGUAAAUGUGAAAUCGCGUGGAAUUAAAUGAUUAUUUUGUACAGAA